CCGCACUUCUUCCGGCAGUGGCGCCGCGAUGGCCGAGGGGAGUGGGCUUUCCCUCGACGCCCUGCCUCACGACUGUCCGGGCACCGGCAGCAAUGAAGCAGGCAAGGCUGAUGCUUGCCAAGGAUGCCCCAACCAGGGCUUGUGUUCCUUGGGGCAGCUUGCUGGCCCCGACCCAGCCAUUGAGGAAAUUAAGGAAAAAAUGAAAACUGUCAAGCACAAGCUGCUGGUGCUCUCUGGGAAAGGAGGUGUGGGUAAGAGCACAUUCACUGCUCUUUUGGCCCACGGAUUCGCAGAGGAUGACACUACACAGGUUGCUGUGCUGGACAUUGAUAUUUGUGGACCAUCCAUUCCAAAAAUCAUGGGCCUUGAGGGAGAACAGGUUCAUCAAAGCGGAUCAGGCUGGUCUCCAGUGUAUGUUGAAGAAAACCUGGGUGUGAUGUCAGUGGGGUUUCUGCUGAGCAGCCCUGAUGAUGCCGUUAUUUGGAGAGGACCGAAAAAAAACGGGAUGAUUAAGCAGUUUCUUCGGGAUGUAGAUUGGGGUGAAAUUGACUACCUGAUUGUAGAUACCCCUCCAGGAACAUCAGAUGAACAUAUAUCCAUAGUCCAGUAUCUCAGCACUGCCGGAGUCGAUGGGGCUGUGAUCAUCACCACCCCACAGGAAGUGGCGCUUCAGGAUGUUCGGAAAGAGGUCAGCUUCUGCCAUAAGGUGAAGCUGCCUGUCAUUGGAGUGGUGGAAAAUAUGAGCAGCUUCACAUGCCCAAAAUGCAAGAAAGAAUCCCAAAUAUUCCCUCCCAGCACGGGGGGUGCAGAGAUGAUGUGCCGCACCUUAAACGUGCCUCUCCUGGGGAAAAUGCCUCUCGACCCUCAAAUAGGAAAAAGUUGUGACAGAGGCCACUCUUUCUUAGCCGAAGCGCCCCACUCUGCAGCCACACUGUCUUUCAGGAACAUUAUCCAAAGAAUCCAGGACUACUGUAACCAGAACUCCCCACAGGAAGAAGACAGGAUUUGAGUAGCAGAUAAAUGUGGAUCUUUUGUGCAUAUAUCUAUAUAGGUGGACAAACAUGUACAUGCAAAUAAAUACCUUUGAAUAAUA